UCCACGAUGCUUAUCAUGCUGCCCAGACACCACAACCAGUCGCGGCGUCGCUGCACGAAGGUGAGGGCCGUCAGGUUGACGAGCCGUCUGCCAGCUGGAAGGCCUCCUCAGGCGUCAGGCUCUCCCAGAAGUGACGGUCGCCCUCGGUCGAAGAGUCGAUGGCGACGUGUGUCUGUUGGUGGAGGGCUGCCGUGUGGAUGAGGGAGGGGCUGCUCUGCGUGGCACCAAAGGAUGAUUGCUGCCCGAAGGCCGGACCGCCAAGCAUGCUGCCCCGAGCUGACAAUGACGGUCCACUGACUGAAGACGACGCCGCCACACCUGAUCGACCUACACACACAUGCAGGCAGUAGGAGAUUGAUCCAUCCAUCCAUCCAUGUGUGUGUUGUCCCUCAUGUCAGUCACCUGUGCCGCCAGUGAUGCUGCCGCCGAACAUGCCAGCCGUCCCAGUGGCAGCCCCGCCCUGGCCAAACAGACUCCCUCUGCCAGCGCCGCUGCUUGUCGACCUGACUUCGCCGAAGAGAGAGCCACCUCCCGACGCUGCCGCCCCACCAUGAAAGAGAUCGCAACCUCCUCCCGUGGAUGCCUUGCCGAAGUCGAAUGGGCCGCUGGCGGGUGUGGCUGUCGACUGUGAUGUGGUUGGCGCUUGGGCAGGCGCGAAGAUGCCGGCGAAGAGGGGCGCUGGGGCUGUGGUGGUAGUGGUGGGGCUGGUGGGGUUUGGACGGGCAGCACUCACGCGCUUGGCGCGGGACCGUGGUUUGUCCGCAGGUGUGGCUGCGCCCAUUGUAAACAGCGACGAGGGACGGCCGCCUGAUGACGCAGCUGCGGCAGCACUCGACAUGGCCCCCUCUCCCGUCGAUGUGCCGAUCAGAGAUGGUCCGCUAAACAGAGAGGGGAGCGAUGCCGCACCCGGCAGCGCCCCGUCGGCCGUGUCCUCCUUCGAUGCCGCCAUGGUCUCGCCCUUGAGGGGUCCAAAGGCGGCGCCCGCAAAGAGCGGACCGCCAGUGGUCGACGGCAGGGCGGAAGACGAUGCCAUGAGGGAGUCGGUGCUGCGAGGGGGAGGGAAGAUGGCCGACAGCUCGCGAGGGGUCAUAAGGCUGAACACUUUCCCCAGAAGGUCCUCGCUGAAGCGUUCAGGUGCCUGAGGCAGAGACAAGACCAAGGGAGAUAGACAUGAGAGUGGCUGACAUCGGUCGUGUGUCGUGUGUGGCCGUGUGUACCUUCUUGCUAACAUCCCACACCUGCACACACACCACACCACACACCAAAGCACCACAGACAAACAUCACAGAGUGCCAUCCAGGGAGCUUUCUGCUGACGUGUGUUUGCCUACCACGGGUGGCUGUGGGCUCGUCUGUGUGUCUGUGUUGGUCUGGUGCGGCACCACUCGUAUGAACUCCUCCCCCCUCCGGCCGACCUCCCUCAUGUAGAGCGCCGUCCCCUCGUGCAGAGUGCCCGCCUUCAUGUAGACUACAUGCGGGUCGACGCUAUAAAUUCUGGCGGUGACCCACACGUAGUCAUUGGUCGGAGCCCUCCUGGAGCUCGACAGCAACACAACACGGGUGCCCUCUUUGUAACGACUACUCGCAGACCGUCCCAUCACCUGAUGAAACGAAGACAAGCAAACGAAGAAAUGAUUGAAUCAUUGACGGUGGCACACGAUGAGUGUGUGUGUGCUGUGCCUUGACUCACCUCGGCCUGAUGCGCAGCACCGGCAGAUGAAGAUGAAGACGAAGCUGCCAUGGCGGCACUCAACCACGGCUGACGAGAAGAGCACACGUGUGUGUGUGUGUGUGUGUAUCGCUCUCGGCAUCUGUGUGCUGCUUGCCGGCGAGAUGUGUCGAGCAGAAUCCAAUGAGCGAUGGCUCUCUGUCAGCCGAGGCUUUUAUCGAGGAGGCCGACCUCCCCAGGGCACUCACGCCGACUCUGAGUGCUAAUCCGCUGUAAAACACG